GUCCAUAUUCCCUACUUUCUCUCUUUGAUUCUUACGAUGGCUGGCGGUGGUUUCGAGAUAAAUGGUAAUCAAGGUGGUUCGAUCACAAACUAUCCCAGAGAACUAACUUCUUAUUUGUUGAUAACCUGCAUCGUUGCCGCUAUGGGUGGGCUCAUCUUCGGUUAUGACAUCGGUAUCUCAGGUGGCGUCACGUCUAUGGCUCCGUUUUUACAGAGAUUUUUCCCAUCUGUUUAUGAGAAAGAAGCUUUGGAUACUUCAACCAAUCAGUACUGCAAAUUUGAUAGUGUUCCCCUCACCAUGUUUACUUCCUCUCUUUAUUUGGCUGCACUUUUGGCUUCUUUAUUAGCAUCUUGGGUCACCAAAACCUUCGGUCGUAAAAAGUCUAUGCUUCUUGGUGGCUUUGUGUUCUUGGUUGGUGCCGCCAUUAAUGCUGCUGCUCAGAACCUUGCAAUGCUGAUUAUCGGUCGUAUUUGUUUGGGCAUUGGUGUUGGAUUCUCAAUUCAAUCUGUUCCACUUUAUGUCUCGGAGAUGGCACCCUCUAAGUAUCGAGGCUCUCUGAAUGUUGUUUUCCAACUAUCGAUUACGAUCGGCAUUCUAGUGGCUAAUCUUGUUAAUUUUGGUACUGCCAAGAUUCAUGGCGGAUGGGGGUGGCGCGUGAGUCUAGGAGGUGCAGCAGUGCCUGCAUUGUUCAUCACAAUCUCAGCUCUCUUUCUUCCCGAUACUCCAACUUCAAUGUUGGAAAGAGGCGAAAUCGAGAAGGCGAGAGUCAUGCUCCAACGCAUCUGCGGUGUAUCUUCCAAGGAUGUAGAUGCAGAAUUUCAAGAUAUAGUGGCAGCAAGUAUUGCUGCUAAAGCAGUGACACAUCCAUGGAGGAAUUUGAGGGAGAGGCAAAACAGACCACAAUUGGUAAUGUCCGUUUUAAUCCCAUUUUUUCAGCAAUUAACAGGGAUCAAUGUGGUCAUGUUCUAUGCUCCGGUGCUGUUUAAGACUAUUGGUUUUGGAGACAAUGCUUCUCUUCUUUCGUCUGUCAUUACGGGUGGUAUUAAUGUUUUGGCAACUUUUGUAUCUAUGUAUGGUACUGAUAAGUGGGGAAGGAGGAUUCUUUUCUUGCUCGGUGGAACCAUCAUGUUCGUUUUCCAGGUUUUGGUGGCUGUGUUCAUAGCUUGGAAAUUUGGAGUUUCUGGUGAGGUUGCUUAUUUACCCAAGUGGUAUGCUGGUGUUGUGGUGUUGUUCAUUUGCAUAUAUGUGCAAGCCUUUGCAUGGUCUUGGGGACCUUUGGGAUGGCUAGUUCCAAGCGAAAUCUUCCCACUUGAAAUUCGAUCAGCUGCUCAAAGCGUAACGGCGUCGGUGAAUAUGUUCUUUACCUUUUUGAUUGCCCAAAUCUUCCUCACCAUGCUUUGCCAUAUGAAAUUUGGGUUGUUCUUCUUCUUCGCUUUCUUUGUGGCUGUGAUGACCAUAUUCAUCUAUUUCUUCUUGCCGGAGACAAAGGGCAUMCCCAUUGAAGACAUGUCUUGUGUUUGGAGACAACAUUGGUUCUGGAAUAGAUAUGUGCCUCAACAACUUACUAAAGUUCGAAGAUUGGAUGAGGAGAGGGAAGGGAAGAGAAAAAUAAUAAUAACAACCUUGAUUUGGUUGUAA